AUGGUAGAGGGAAACCCAGACAGGACUUUAAGGAGUAGUGGAGGGAAGACGGUGACGCUAGCUACCUCGAGACAAGCAGGAUCUACCGUCGAUCCUUCAUGUUCAGCGCCUGGUGAUUUGAACGAGACCAGUUAUACGGGCAUUGAUCCUACAGUCACCACUGGCUCGCCAGCUGCAGCCACAGCAUUCAAGCCUUUGCGUUUCUUGCAGCUUGUGGCACUUACAGGCUUCUUAGCUGCUGCCGCAUCGGUUAUAGGAAAGUCAGCUUGUGACUUCAGCCCUGGCGAACCACUGCAGCAGUUGUCAAGCGUUUUUCGGGAGAAGCUGUUUCAACCCGUUCCCGUGGACGACGGCAUUGUGUGCGGCUUCCCAGAAACGGGAUUUACGCACCUUGAUCUGAAGCCUGAUAGCUUUGGAGCCCUGUUAAAAGAAACGGGGAAGGCGCUGCUGCUCGCCACCUCUGGCGCUCGUUGCGACCUCAGGAUCGCAAAGACCCCAGGAGGAGUGCCCGUAGGAGCAGCAGUUUUCUUCUUUUUCUCUGUCCUGCUUCUACGCGCCUUGGUUUUUGGUUGUAUGCUUGCUUGCAACGGCCUUAUGCUCAACUUUCACGUCAAGUGUUUAUUGGUUGCCCCAUCAGCUGGAAGCAGCAGCGUCGCAGUAUUCGCGGCAAACUUCCUCUGUUCCGUGGCGUUGUCUUGGCUUUUUUUGGGAGAGCAGCUGAGCUACCAAUUUGUUGCCGUCGCAUUUGAUGAUACCACGAAAAGCCACGACAGCGACAAGGAACUGUGCUCUUCAUCAUCACUACCAGAUCAGCAGGAGGACCUGGGGGAAAAAUCCCCCCAUACUACCCCAUCUGACGACAAAUGCUCCAAAUCUACUGAUAGUGUGCGAGAAGAAGGCCUAAGAGCCUUUCGAGCCGGGGAUUGGCGAGGCGCGACGGACGCCUGGAGCCGUGGCCUUCGCACCCUUGAAUAUAUAUUGGCCAAAGAAGACGAAUUCGAUGAUGACAAGAAAAGGGAGUUCGUUGCUAUGCAUCAGUCGUACUUGCUAAACCUGUCGCUCUCCUGCCUAAAGGAGGGCCGCUGGUCUGCAUGCAUCUUGUACAGUGACAAAGCACUGCAGAAUGACCCCAAUGCCUUAAAGGCUCUGUACAGGAAAGCCCAGGCCCAGCAGGAGUUGGGUGACUUUGAUGGAGCUUUGGCCACCGUAAAUCGGUAUCUUACAGUCUCUCCGGGGAGCCCUUUAGCACUGUCAUUGCGAUCUCAGCUGAAUCACUUGAAGGCGACCCAUGCCAUCAAGGAAAAGAAGCUUGUAAAGGGGAUGUUUCGCAAACUGGAACAUGAUCCGAGGUCUGAGGCAGUCGAAGCCACAGCUGCAGAAGCAGUGAGGAGCAAAACAAGCGUUCUGGGGUCACUCGGGAGGAAGCUUAGUUGCUGGCUUGAUGUUUUUGGCCUUCAGAAGCGUGAUGAGCAUCCCGAUAUUGAACAGAACCGAGAUGCGUUCGAGAAGUUUAAUGCUGCAAAUGCGAGGGCCCAGCUAAAUUUGUUCGAAGGAGCCGGCUGCGGGCCUUCGUUUGAUGAGCGUCACAAGGAUGCUGUGGCCAAGGCUUUGGCUGCCAUGGCAGGCGAACGAGAUUUGGAUCCAGAGAAAUCUUCGAACUCUGAGGACAUUAAGCGCCUUGCGCACCUCGUAGACAGAUACCAGAAACUGCACAGGGGAGACGCCUCGUUCAUAGAGAAGCUGCGGUUUCACGUUUAUCUUGCUCUGUUCGGGAUCAAGCAGAUUGCGUCGAAGGCUUGCAGGAGCUGCUGGCGAAGAAAGCGAAUAUGCCAGAAAAGUAAGGGGAGUUCGGAUUGGGAAGAAGUAGAGCCCGAAAUCGCCAGAACAUCCGGAAGUGCAACGCUCAAAGGCGAUGGAAACAGCGCGACUUCUAGCAGAUCCAUUCGGCGGAAGCAGCACUGCGCAACUUCAGAGGCUGCUCGCAGGACCCGCAAGCGUCGUAAUCACUCCAUCGAGCCGUAG